UGUAGAAACCAAACCCAUCUUUAAUCGAACCAAAACCCUACCCUAGCAUUAUGGAGGCCCCUCCGCCACUGCCCACACCGGCCCGCAUCCACUGCUACACGCCAUGCCCACAGCCGUGUGAUGAACGCCACAUCGCCGCUGACUACGUGGCCUGCCACGCGACUCCCUGACUCUGUGCCGCGUGCGAAUCCGGUCUCUUGUUGAGCCAUUGCGGAGGUCGUUGGCAUGUGGAUGACCAGGGACGACGGGGUCAACGGAGCAGGGCAGCGGGACUCCGUGGUGGAAGUUGAGGGGGCAGAGGGAUGCUCGCCGUUGGGAGUAGCCGAGGCGGCGGCAAAGAUGCUCGGAAGUCGAAAGUGGAGAAAGCUCAAGUGGCCGGGAGGAAUCGUGAGAUGCAGAGUGUGGAGGUGGUGGUGUGGUGAGGAAGAUAGAGAAGGAGUGCAUUUGGUUGGUCGAAGAAGCUGCAGGUGGCCUGCGAGGCUGGAACUGCCGUACACCGUGAGGGACGUCUUUGGUCACACCAACGAUCUCCAUGUCUGUGGCUUCAAGUGCACUGCAAGUGUUGAAUUGUGCUCCAGUGAACAACAGCCCAUUGGGGCAGUGUACUCAAACAGUGAUCCAAGCAGUCACAGUAGUGGAUCUGCAAAUAUUUUUAUCAAGGCAUGUCGAGCUUGGAUUGAAAAGGCAGAGAUUUGACGGUAGUUGGUGAAGGAAGAAGACUGUAAAAAAAAUCUACAUUAUCGUCUGAUGUGCAAAAGGAUCCUAAAGGUACAAGUUUGGCGCGAUUGAAG